UGUUUCCGGAAGUGUCCCCCGCGGUCUGUUCCGUGGCUGCCUCCGACCCUGCGGUCGCUGCUCUCCGCUGCGGAACUCUGCGCGUGGACCGGUGUCGGCCUGGGCGGGGCCAGGGUUCCGUCUGAGCGGCAGAAUGGAGAUAAUCCGGAGCAAUUUUAAGAUUAAUCUUCACAAAGUGUACCAGGCCAUAGAGGAGGCUGACUUCUUCGCCAUCGAUGGGGAGUUUUCAGGAAUCAGCGAUGGACCCUCAGUCACUGCAUUGACAAGUGGUUUUGACACCCCAGAAGAGAGAUAUCAGAAGCUUAAAAAGCAUUCUAUGGACUUCUUACUGUUUCAGUUUGGCCUUUGCACUUUUAAGUAUGACCACAUAGAUUCCAAGCACAUAACGAAGUCAUUUAACUUCUAUGUUUUCCCCAAGCCUUUCAGUAGGUCCUCACCAGAUGUCAAGUUUGUUUGCCAGAGCUCCAGCAUUGACUUCCUAGCGAGCCAAGGAUUUGACUUUAAUAAGGUGUUUUGCAGUGGAAUUCCAUAUCUGAAUCAAGAAGAAGAAAGACAGCUGAGAGAACACCUGGAUGAAAAACAUUCUCAGGCCAAUGGGGCAGGAGCUCCGACAAAAUGUCCUGUGACAAUUCCUGAGGAUCAGAGGAAAUUUAUUGACCAAGUAAUAGAGAAGAUAGAGGACUUCCUACGAAAUGAAGAGAAGAGCUUGGAUCUAGAGCCGUGCACUGGGUUCCAAAGAAAACUUAUUUAUCAGACUUUGAGUUGGAAGUAUCCCAAAGGCAUUCAUGUUGAGACACUAGAGACUGAAAAGAAGGAGAGACACAUAGUUAUCAGCAAAGUGGAUGAGGAAGAACGCAAGAGAAGGGAGCAGGAGAAGUAUGCAAAGGAGCAGGAGGAACUGAAUGAUGCUGUGGGAUUUUCAAGAGUCAUCCAUGCCAUUGCUAAUUCAGGGAAGCUGGUUGUUGGACACAAUAUGCUCUUGGAUAUCAUGCAUACAAUUCACCAGUUCUACUGCCCUCUGCCUGCAGAUCUGAACGAGUUUAAGGAGAUGACAACAUGUGUCUUCCCCAGACUUUUGGAUACUAAGUUGAUGGCCAGCACACAGCCUUUUAAGGAUAUCAUUAACAACACAUCCCUUGCAGAGUUGGAAAAGCGGUUAAAAGAGACACCUUUUGACCCUCCUAAAGUUGAAAGUGCAGAAGACUUUCCAAGCUAUGACACAGCUUCUGAGCAGCUCCACGAGGCAGGGUAUGACGCUUACAUCACAGGACUCUGCUUCCUCUCCAUGGCAAAUUACCUAGGUUCUUUACUCGAUCCUCCAAAAGUGUGUGUGUCCACCAGAUCAAAACUCAUUGAACCCUUUUUUAACAAGUUAUUUCUUAUGAGGGUCAUGGACAUUCCCUAUCUGAACUUGGAAGGGCCAGACUUGCAGCCUAAACGUGAUCAUGUUCUCCACGUGACAUUCCCCAAAGAGUGGAAAACCAGUGACCUUUACCAGCUCUUCAGCGCCUUUGGUAACAUUCAGAUAUCCUGGAUUGAUGACACGUCAGCCUUCGUUUCUCUCAGCCAGCCGGAACAAGUACAAAUCGCUGUUAACACCAGCAAGUACGCUGAAAGUUAUCGGAUCCAGACCUAUGCUGAGUAUGUCGGAAGAAAGCGAGAAGACAAGCAGGUCAAGAGGAAGUGGACAGAAGACAGCUGGAAGGAGGUGGACAGAAAGCAGCCCAACGUGCCAGGCCCCUGUUCCCACACCAACAGCUUUGCAGCAACUGGCAUGAUUGGAAAGAGAAAUCUGAGUCCUGACCCAGGGGAAUCUGGCUCGGAGGACAGAGAAUUGGAGGGGAUAUCUGACUCUGAGCUUGAACAGAUAGAUUCCUGUGCAGACCCCCUCCCAGAGGGACGGAAAAAGGCCAAGAAGUUAAAAAGAAUGAAGAAAGAGCUUUCCUUGGCAGGCACCGUCGCAGAUAGCCCUGCCAUGCUUUUUGAAGUCCCAGACACGUGGUAACGGAGACCAGGGUGGAGCACACUGAGCGUGCUGCUGCUGAGAGAGAGCUAGCCCAGCCUGCCUGUUUGGAAGCCAUACUGUAUUCACUUAAUCAAAUGAGGCACGGGAGGGCUUUGGAACCAAGUCUAUCUCCUGCAAAAGCUACUUUUUUCCUUUUUUGGCUGUCUCUAUUUUCCCUUUUCAUCUAAACUGACCAUUGGCAUACAUCAUAGUUGAGGGCUGUUGCAAGUGUGUUUGUUAUUAACUAAUUACUUCCUGCUCCUGGAAAAC